AUGAAGUUUUUCUCCAAAAUCUCGAAGAAGCCCAACUCCCCGGACGAGGAGGAACCGUACGCUUACGAGGAUCUUCCUCCAAACUACGAAACCGUCAUCCAAGAGUCCCAACAGCAGCAGCAGCAGCAGCAGCAGCAACAGCAGCACCCUCCCUCGCCCACAAAGGCGCCCACUCCCAAAACAUCCUCAUCCCGGUCCCCGACCAAAAAGUCACACCGGUCGACGUCGCCGCCCACGCGCGAGUCAAAGCCGCCUUCUUCAUCUUCUUCAUCCUCGAGACCCUCCCGCUCUUCUGCCCGGCACGCAACCGACCCCAUCUCUUCGUCGUCCUUCCGCCGCAAGAAGAUCGACCCCGAAGAGCAUCCCCUCAACCUGCCUCCCGAGGUGCGCAACAAGCGUUUUUCCGAGCUGUCUGGCCUGACCGAAAGAAAAUCAAUGGACGUCGAAAAGGACCCCGUGAAUGGCGGCGCCGCUGCGGCUGCCUCUGGCCAGCAGAAGCCCACCGCUCCUCCUCACACCAACUCUUUCACGGUGCCUUUGAGCAACGGUACAGACGCCUCAACAAACGGUGCUGCCACUCCGGCUGACGAGGCCGUCCCCGCUCCCCCGCCUCACCGAUCGUCGCCUUCCAGCCCCGUGCAAUCAGAGGCUGAGCAGGCAGAGUCUUUCAAGAACGAUGGCAACAAGUUUUUCAAGGCCGGCGAUUACAAGCAUGCUAUUGAGUUCUAUACCAAAGCUGUCGUUCUUCAGCCAAACUCGGCGACCUACCUGGGCAACCGGGCUGCUGCUUUUAUGUCUGCGUGCAGAUGGACUGAGGCUUUGCAAGACUGCAAGAAGGCCGUUGAGUUGGACCCUCACAACAUCAAGAUUUUGUUGCGCUUGGCUCGUAUUUACACCAGCACCGGCCAGCCAGAGGAGGCUAUCGCUACCUUCAGCCGGAUCCAGCCAGCACCAUCAGCCAAGGACACGGCCCCGGCCAAGGAGAUGCUCCGUCAUAUCAGAGCUGCUCAAUCAGCGCUCAGGGAUGGCACCGCCGCCUCUAUGGUUUUGCACCCUCUGGACAUGGCCGAAAAGUUGCUUGGUAUGGGCGCUCUGAAGCCAAGAAAGUGGCAACUGAUGCGCGGUGAGGCCCUUCUCAAGAUGGCGGACGUCAACUCUCUCGGUGAGGCCCAGAACAUCGCCAUGUCCCUGCUCCGCAACAACAGCCGGGAUCCUGAGGCUCUUGUUCUGCGUGGACGUGCUUUGUAUGCCACUGGCGAGAACGACAAGGCUGUCCAGCAUUUCCGGCAGGCGCUUAACUGCGACCCCGACUUCAGGGACGCUAUCAAGUGGCUCCGUGUGGUCCAGAAACUCGACAGGAUGAAGGAGGAGGGUAACAGCGAGUACAAGGCCGGCAGGUGGCAGUCUGCUUUCGAUCUCUACACCAAGGCUUUGGAGGUUGACCCCGCCAACAAGGGCACCAACUCCAAGCUGUACCAAAACCGGGCGUUGUGCCGUAUCAAGCUCAAGCAGUACGAUGAGGCCAUUGCCGACUGUGAGAAGGCUGUCAGCCUCGACCCUUCGUAUCUGAAGGCUCGCAAGACCAAGGCCAACGCUUUGGGGCUGGCCGAGAAGUGGGAGGCGGCUGUCCGGGAAUGGAAGGCGAUCCACGAGCUCGAUCCCGAGGACAGAACAGUUGCCAAGGAGGUUAGGAGAGCCGAGCUGGAGCUCAAGAAGUCGCUGCGCAAGGAUUACUACAAGAUUUUGGGGAUUGAGAAGACGGCAACCGAACAAGAGAUCAAGAAGGCGUACCGCAAGCUCGCCAUUGUUCACCAUCCUGACAAGAACCCUGGAGAUGCGCAAGCCGAGGCUCGCUUCAAGGACAUCAGCGAGGCUUACGAGAACCUGAGUGAUCCUCAGAAGCGUGAGCGUUAUGACAGCGGCGUUGACCUGCAAGAUCCGGCUGACAUGUUCGGCGGUGGCGGCGGCAUGCACGGCGGCAUUGACCCCGAGAUUCUCUUCUCCAUGAUGGGCGGUGGUGGUCCCUUUGGAGGCGGCGGCGGUGGUGGCUUCCCAGGUGGUGGCUUCGCUUUCAACGGCGGUGGCGGUCAACCUCGCGGAGGCAGAGGUGGAUUCCCGCACCACUUUCAGUACUCUUGA